GUCGCUGUGUGUGUGUGUAUGUGCGUCUCAGUGCGCGUCAGUGCGCGCCAGUGUGCCAUUACCAGGAGUUUCCCUUCGAGGCUGCACGAUAAAACUCUUGGCGUUAAUGGAGCUGUAAUUCCGCACUGUGGUUGUGAGGCUCGGUGUUUUUCUACAAGUCUCAGGCAUGGCGAUUAUAACGUGUCGAGUUCAGUAUCUUGACGACACGGAUCCGUUCGUGUGUGUUAAUUUCCCUGAGCCUCGGAGACCUCCUCAAUAUGAGCUUAACGAGUUGGUGCCGCUAAAUGUGCAAAUCGCUGGCGUCCAGAAACAUCUCCAAGCUCCUCUGAAGUUAGAAGAGUGUACACUGCAGGUGGCGUCUAAUGGAAACUACCUGGAUCUGGAGACCUCACUGGCAGAGCAGAAGGAUGAACUGGAGCAAUUCUAUGAUGAUUUGGCCAUUGGCAAAAAGCCCAUUUUGAUCCUCCGAACUCAGCUGUCAGUACGUGUCCACGCCAUCCUGGAGAAACUGUAUAACUCCCAAGGGCCUGAACUGCGGCGCUCGCUUUUCUCAUUAAAGCAGCUGUUUCAGGAUGAUAAAGACCUGGUACCAGAGUUUGUGAAUUCUGAUGGCUUGUCCUGCUUUAUAAAAGUGGGUGGAGAGGCAGACCACAACUAUCAGAACUACAUUCUUCGAGCUUUGAGCCAAAUCAUGCUGUUUGUGGAUGGGAUGAAUGGAGUUAUAAACCAUAAUGAAACAGUGCAGUGGCUGUACACCCUUUGUGGCAGCCUGUCUCGUCUGGUAGUGAAGACGGCUCUGAAGCUCCUCAUAGUGUUUGUUGAAUACACAGAGUCGAACAGCCCGCUGCUUAUUCAGGCUGUCAACACUGUGGAUAGCAGAAGAGGUGUAAAGCCCUGGUCAUAUUUGGUGGAUGUUUUAGAGGAGAGGAAUGGAUCAGAUACAGAGCUUCUGGUCUUCACCAUGUCCCUUAUUAACAAGACUCUAGCAGCUCUGCCAGACCAGGAUUCGUUCUAUGACGUGACAGACUGCCUGGAGCAUCAGGGGAUAGAGCGCAUCAUGCAAAAACACCUAAACAGCAAAAUCAUCGACCCCGACCUCAAACAGCAGUUUACUAUAUACGAGAACGCUUUAAAGCACGAGGAUGAUGAUGUAGACGAAUCAUCUUUUCCUACACGUAAGGAAAGGAGGAAAGCAACAAACAGCGAGCAGGAAGGCAGAAGGAGCCGGCAGUCCUCGGCACAGAAUCUUCAGGAUGUUCCAAUCGCUUCCUCUCUGCCUGCUUCUGCUAUCUCUUCUUUCAGUCCCACUACAGGUCGGAGUUGUAACACGUCUCCUGUACCCUCUCCUAUCAGCCAUGAUCCCGUAAGCAACUCCUCCAGUGAAUCUGAGUCCAGCUCAUGCAGUCCGCACAGCUCAACCCCUGUAGUGCCCUCUGUCGUAGUAAAUGAAUCUCCAGCUAAUGAUGUCAGGGGGCGCAAUUUCAUUGGUCAAUACCUGGCUCAUAUGGGGAUUUCUAGGCGGAGGUUAAAAAAAGCGGGGUCCGUAACACAGGAGCCCUCCACUCCCCUAAAGAGCCUCAGCGUGUCUCCCAGAGACUCGCCUCCUCCGGAGAACCAGACAGCACAGAAAGAGCAGAGCAACACUGAGGGAAGAGGACGGCUUAACCUGCAAGAGGCAGACUCUGUUUGUGUGGAGGAUAUUGUGAGCAAGGACCGACCCGUACUCAGGAAGUAUGCAGACCAGUUUUUACGCCGUCUGGAAGUGAGGGAGUGGCAGAAGAGGAACAGUAAAGAUGUCCUGACUCUGAUCGAAAGUUCGUCUGCUGACUCUGACAUCUACGGUCAGUCUACUGAAGAAGUGCAGCCAACAUCAGAAGGGACGGAUCAGAGGAAAGUUCAUGAGCCCCAAUCUCCAGGGGGAAACUCGAGCAAUAGCCACGUCACCCAGAGCACCCUGGAGCAGCCGGUAGAACCACAAACAGCCCAUCAUUAUGAACCAGCAGGGGGAAGUGUGCAUCAGCAAAGCACUCUUUCUGAUGACAGGAAGAUCAUGCUGGACAUGCUUUACUCAAAGUCUUCCACCCCCAGCAGUUCUGGGCCACUGAAGAGCCCCAAUGGGGAGCACAGCAAUCUGGAAAAUCUUGGUAUCUCCAGUCUUGCCGGUCGUCUCUCCAGUCUGCGAUCUCGCCCCUCCCAGCCUGUUGAGGAUAUCUCCAGGCGGGCAGAGCUGGAGGGGCUUGAGGGUAGUGUCCAUGCUGCUCGCACCAAGCAGGAGGAGCAGACGAAACGGUUGCGCCCACAGUACAGCAUCGAUGCAGAGACCCACUCUCGGACUCUUGAGAAGACGAUGAUGACUCCACUUGCCAGGAACAGCAAGGAUGCAUGGGAACAUUUGCAACCCAGCUCCAAAGAACUGCGCAUUAAAGACUUGGACUUUUCUGACCUUUUGGAAGAGGAGGAUAUUGAUGUACUGGACUUUGAUAUUUUUGACACAAGUAUGACCAAUGGUGUUCCUCCACCACCUCCUCCACCUCCAGGACUAGGAUCUCUCCCUCCUCCACCACCUCCUCCACCUCCAGGACUAGGAUUUCUCCCUCCUCCACCUCCACCACCUCCUCCACCCCCUGGGAUUGGAGGACCAGCCCCCCCUCCACCGCCACCACCUCCUCCAGGUCCUGGAAUGCUGAGUGGACCCCCUUCUCCAUCUCAAGUUGUAGAUCCGGAGUUUGUCAAGAAACGGAAGACGGUCAAGCUGUUCUGGAAGGAACUCAAGCAGUCAGAGAGCCCCAGGAAAUGCAAGUUUGGUCGGGGAACUGUCUGGGCAUCACUGGAUAAGGUCACGAUAGAUACCAAUAAGCUGGAACAUUUGUUUGAGUCAAAGGCAAAGGAACUUCCUGUGGCUAAGAAGGGUCCUGAAGUAAAGAAGCCUGCAAUUCUUGUUCUCGAUCCAAAGAGAAGCAACGCCAUCAACAUCGGCAUGACCGUUUUACCUGCUGUGCAUGUCAUCAAAUCUGCAAUACUCAGUUUUGAUGAAUUUGCCAUCAACAAAGAGGGUAUUGAGAAAAUCCUGACUAUGAUACCUACAGAGGAGGAGAAACAGAGGAUCCAGGAGGCUCAGCUGGCCAAUCCUGACGUGCCUCUGGGUACAGCAGAGCAGUUUCUGCUCACUCUGUCCUCCAUUAGUGGCCUCACAGCACGUCUGCAGCUCUGGGCUUUUAAGCUCAACUACGAGAGCUUGGAGAAGGAGAUAGCUGAGCCUCUUUUUGACUUGAAGCACGGUAUGGAGCAACUUGCCAAGAACCAGACCUUCAAGCGUAUCCUAGCAACACUGUUGGCUAUUGGCAAUUUUCUCAACAGCUCCAGCGUGAAAGGAUUUGAGCUGAGUUAUCUAGAGAAAGUGACCGAGGUGAAGGAUACUGUACAUCGACAGUCCUUGCUGCAUCACUGCUGUAACUUUGUGGUUGAGAAAUUCCCAGACACAUCAGACGUCUAUUCGGAAAUCUCUGCCAUCACCCGAUCUGCCAAAGUGGACUUUGAGCAGCUGUCAGACAAUUUGGUUCAGCUGGAGAGGAAGUGUAAGAUGUCCUGGGACAAUCUGAAGAUAAUGGCCAAGCACGAGACCAAAUCCCAGCAAAAGAGCAAAAUGACCGAGUUUCUCAAAGACUGUACAGAGAGGAUCAUCAUUCUCAAAGUGGUUCACAGACGCAUCAUCAACAGGUUCCACUCAUUCCUCUUGUACCUGGGACAGCCUUCCUACACAGUCCGGGACAUCAAGAUAACUCAAUUCUGUAAGAUCAUUAGUGAGUUUGCUCUGGAGUACCGCACCACAAGAGAGAGAGUCCUCACCCACAAACGCAAGCGUGCAGCCCACCGUGAGCGCACCAAGACACGUGGCAUGCUCAUCACUGAGACAGAGAAAUUCUCUGGAGCCGUCCCAUCCAUUACCCAAGAGAGUCCUUCUCCAGUCUCCAUGGCGACAGAAGCCGAGCCAGCCCAAGAGGAGCACGAGAACAUGAAGAACCUUCUUAUCGCCAACGACGACCGUUGCAAACUGCGGAGAUCUCGCGCUGUACGAAAGCUGGUGACUGCUGGCUCUGAUAUUCCUCCCAUUUCACUGAAUCAGGACUCUAAUGAUGAAGGUGAACCUGAACAGACCUUGGAAAUGCAGGAAUUAUGUGAUGAAGGUUUAGGAGGUGGUGUUCCAUCUCCGACGUCUACAGGUAAAGAAGACGGCGCAAGUUCACAGGAUGAUGCAACAGAUGAGAUCAUGGACCGUCUUGUUAAGUCUGUUACGCAGAAUCCUACAGAGAGGCAGUCUAGUCCUAAAACAAGGAAACGAUCACGGCUGAACAGGAAAUCACUGCGGAGGACGUUGAAAAGCGGUCUGAACCUGGAGGUGGUGCAGGCGCUGAGUCUCAGAUGAGCGAACCUGAAAUAUUAAAGGACUAAACAAGAAUUGGCUGCUGAGAGCUACAAGAUCUGAGAAAUGAGAAGCUGAGUAGGUGGAGACUUUUUUUCCUCUCAGACGACUGAUGCGGUUGCACUUCAUCUUCCUGUAAUGGAAUAAUGAAGAAACUCUAAAGACUCUUCACAGAAAAGCACAAAUUCAUUACUCAUCACUUGACCUUUGAGGGUUUUUUUGGUGCCUAAAGUAUUAAACUACAAGACAUGUUUAUUAAUAUAAUUUAUAUACAACCCAACAAUGAUGCACAUUUUAGCAGAAUAUUUUGUACAGGUUCAGAAUUUUUUUUUUUCUAGUAUAUGUAGCACAUUAAAGGACGAGUAAACUUGGGUGGACAGAGUCUGACUGUAUAGACUGUAUAGCGUUAGAUAGAAGCUAAGGUUUUUUUUUUAUUUUUUAUUUUUUUAUUAAAGUUGCUGUUUUACACUGAAGUAAGUUCUCAAGAUAUGAUUUCCAUUAUAAAUAGCUGUUCCAGACCGUUUAAAAUGGUAAAUUCUUUAUAGCUAAGCUUUUUAAUCUUCACUCAAAAAGAGUUCUUAAUCGGAUUAAAAGUAGGUCAUUGGUUCUUUUUGCUUUUUGUUUUUUAUCACAACACUUAAUAAUUUUGUGGAUGCUUUGCAUUUUGGCUGUGGUGGUUGGAAAUCCACUGGAAUCCACAUUGCACAUGUUUGAAGUCACUAUUGCACCUAAACAAGUCGUGCUUUUUACCCCCUUAAAGUUCCACUGUGACACCUGUUUCAGUUCAGCAAAAUGCUGUGUUUUUGGUCACUGCUACUUUUGCACAGGAGGUCGUAUGAGGAGUAUUCAGCUAGCUCAUUGUCCCUCACCAUCACUAUCGUUAUGCUGCAUGACAUUUUAGAAUUAUCUGACCCUUGCUUCAUUCUGAAUGUAUUACUAUAGGUGUGCACCACUGUUAAGAGAUCCAGGCCUUACUCUUGACCACUUCAAGCACAUGCAUGCAAACUCCCUUACUGUAGACGCAGUUAUUUUUUGUUUUUAACCCUUUGAUAUGUGUGUGUAGAUGUAUGAACCUGAACAAUGACAUUGAAUGCAGAAAAUAAAAUAUCUUAACAGAC